AUGGAUGACUAUCACGGGAUUGAAACAGAGGAUAAUACCUUCUUGUUCACAUCAGAAAGUGUAAAUGAAGGACAUCCAGAUAAAAUAUGCGACCAAAUCGCAGAUGCUAUACUGGAUGCCUGUCUUGAACAGGAUCCAAAUAGCAAGGUCGCAUGUGAAGCAUGCGCUGCACAAAAUCUAGUCAUGGUAUUCGGAGAAAUCACAACAAAUGCUAUCGUGGACUAUAAAGCUGUGGUAAGACGAGUAUUGACAGAUAUUGGAUACACAUCAGACGAACUAGGGUUCGAUGCUUCAACGGUAGAAAUCAUGGUAAGACUAGCGCAACAGGCUCCAGAAAUUGCCAGCGCUGUACACUUGGGAAGGAAACUUGAAGAAACUGCAGCAGGAGAUCAGGGCAUUAUGUUCGGGUACGCAUCAGAUGAAACACCUGAAUUAAUGCCAUUAUCGCACUCACUUGCAACUAAACUUGGAAAAAGGUUAACAAAGGUGCGAAAAUCCAAAGUUAUGCCUUAUCUGAGACCCGAUGGGAAAACACAAAUCACCGUUGAAUAUAAAAUCGAAAAAAACGGACAUCUAGAGCCCAAACGAGUGCACACCGUUCUUAUUUCGACACAACACGAUCCUGAUAUCACUAUUGAAAAACUUCGAGAAGAUCUCAUGGAACAUGUAGUCAAACAAACUAUACCAGCACAGUUCCUUGAUCAACACACAAUAUAUCUACUCAACCCUUCUGGAAAGUGGGUACACGGGGGACCUUCAUGUGAUUCGGGGUUAACCGGAAGAAAAAUCGUCGUUGAUACAUACGGCGGUUGGGGCGCCCAUGGAGGAGGCUGCUUCUCCGGAAAAGAUGCCACAAAAGUGGACAGAUCAGGAGCAUACUACUGCCGUUUAGUAGCAAAAUCGCUAGUAGCAAACGGGUUCUGUAGAAGAGUACUGCUACAAGUGGCAUACUCAAUCGCUCUUGCAAACCCUUUAUCGCUGCACGUCAACUCGUUCGGCACUUGUGCCGAAGGAUAUGAUGAUAACGCGCUUAAAGCAAUAGUUACCAGAAACUUCGACUUCAGAGUAGGCUGCAUUAUCAAACAACUGGACCUCACCAGACCAAUAUUCUCAAGAACCAGUUGCUAUGGGCAUUUCGGCAGACACGGAGACGAAUACACGUGGGAGCGCUGCAGGGACCUUUCGCACGAAAAGGGAGCAGUUAACCACAAUUUUAAAUCUCUUGACCCGGAUUCGGGAGUUAGAUACUCCCAUACAAAACAUCCCGCGCAUAAGUAUACCCUCGCACCGGGGUUUAGAGCUAGUAAUGGAGAAUGCCUGGCAUAUUUCGCAAUACUGAUACAUAUACUCGGGAUACUAUAUGCCAUCGGAUUUAUACGAUCGGCCAAGUACACGGAACCGGCCUGGGUAACGGGGUUCAGGAGGAUUCCAUACAUACAACAAAACCCAAUCAUUACUCAAGCCGCAACUAGACAUUAUUGGAGAGAUAGGUACAACACACAUCUAUUAGCAGAGACUAAUGUUCUGGAAGCAAGAUUAGAAAGCGGAACAAAGGAUGUAAUACAACAGUUCAUGGAUAUAACAGAACAACAAUCAGAUGAGGAAAAUAUAGCCAAAAUAUAUCUCAAACAACGCUUACACAAUAUUGUCAAUGGAAUAAGUAAUGUUGGACUUGAGGAACAGCUUGGAUUAAACAAGUAUAACAGCUUUACAAACUUCGUAGAUGAUGACAACCUUAUAGCACAAGUACAAACAGCGGUACGUAGAUACAACGAUAAUGCCGCAGAAAUGCAUCUAUUCGGAGAACCAAUCGCUGUCAAGGACAACUUAGCGGUACAGGGGAUACCGUAUACAAACGGGUCUCAACUAUUCACCGGAUACAUGCCUUCAUACACUGCAAGGGCAAUCGAACGACUGCAAGAAAAUGGCGCAAUAAUCAUAGGGAAGACUGUAAUGGACGAAUUCGGAGUGGGCAGUACCACAAAAAUCGCGAAAAACCCAUUCGCUAAUACAAGAGUAGCAGGAGGGUCAUCAGGGGGAUCAGCCAGUGUAGUUGGUGGAGGGAUCAUCAAUAUAGCUAUCGGCACAGAUACAGGGGGAUCUAUACGUGUUCCAGCAGCGUUUUGUGGCUGCCUAGGAUACAGACCCUCGUAUGGACUCGUGAGCCGAUAUGGGCUUAGCGAAUUGGCAGCCAAAUUCGACACUGUAGGAACAUGCACCAAAACAGUAAACGAUGCUAUUAAGGUCAUUCUAGGCAUGAUGGAGACGUGUACAGAAGAUUCGGCGGACACUGAGGCAGCAGAACAGGUAGCAGAACAGCUAAGAGAGCUGUUACACACGGAAGAUAAAGUGGCAUCCAGCAAUCCUCUACGCGGGCAAAAAAUUGCUUCGCUAGAUAUAGAGACACUGCAGCGUAAUGGGUUACUGGAACCUGAUGUAGCCGCAAAUAUGCGUGACGUUGAAAAAACUCUCCGAAAAUUAGGAGCAGACGUCAUUGCCAUACCGCCACUACCACUGACGAAAGCAACGGAGACGUAUCACAUGUAUGUCGCCGCCCAAAUGGCAGGAAACCUACAAAGAUUCGCUGAUAAACAAUAUCACCCAGAAGGCGAACAUCUAUCUUUCGAUGCUAUGACGAAACAGAUGGAUAGAACGACCGCGGUCAGGAUGCAGUGUGGAAUAAAACUCUUACGGGAAGGACACUCACACGAAGAACUACUCGCUAAGGCAAAGGAAGAAAUAACAGAAUGGAUAGAAAAAUAUGGAGUAUUCAAACAGUAUCCCUUGGUACUAUCACCAACCAGCGCCCAUAUGCCACCGUUGGUAUCAACCAAGAGAGAGAAGCUCUCUGACAUAAUCAGGGACGAUAUAUAUUCCACAUUCGCACCGAUCAUAGGUGCCUGUGCUAUAGCGAUGCCCACUGGAAUGAGUAAAGAUAACCUGCCGUUCAGCGCACAGUUAACCGCUGCAAGGUUCGCAGACGCUUUGCUGCUCAAAGUGGCCUCGGCGUACCGAACACAUCUGCCAUUUCAUGGUGAAAACAACCCUUAA